AUGGCUGACCAAACAUUAUUAGCAAAAGCUCGCAAAGCCCGAUUUGAUGAUUUACCAAAUUUCUCUGGACAUCCUUCAGAGGAUGUCGAACGAUUUUUAAAAAGUGUUAAAAAUAUUACCAAGGCGAAUGACGAAUCUGAUAAUCAUGAAUUAUUAGAAAUUAUUCGUGGUAAAUUAACUCAAUCGGCAGGACUAUGGUUGGACAAUAAUGAACAUAAUUUUAAAAAAUGGUCAGAUUUCGAAACACAAUUCCGAAAUCAGUAUUUUUCAACAACUAUAAUUCAUAAAAAAUUUGAUCAAUUAAAACAACGAAAACAAUUACAUGAUGAACCUGUAACAUCUUACAUUGAUGAUGUUAUAAAUUUAUGUCGUGAAAUUGAACCAACAAUGUCUGAUUCAAUUAUUAUUAAAACAUUUAAUGAGUGGCAUCAAUCCUGA